CACGGUGAGGGUCUGAUUGAACAGGGGGCGCAGUAGCAGGCGGAAAGCUGCACUGGAGGAUGAUAAACAUGAGAGAGAGACACACACUGAAUGUGCGAUAGCAAGAAACAGUUUAUUUCAAUUAGGCUAGUAAGGCGAAUCUCGGAUAGCAAGGCGACUAGAUGAUUGUGCUUCUACGAGAGGGAAAUAUAUUAUAGAGCCGUUGUGUUGCAGUUACAGACGAGCUGAACAGGAAAAAUUCCCUUGCUUUCUGAGAGCGAGACGGAGUGAAUCUGAGGUAAUGAGACAUGAGUACUGUGAAGAAAGUUUCAAUUUCUAAGACAAACUGAAACUCACGACUACAGCGCGGAACACAGAAACCAUGCACUCUAUCUACAGUGUGGGGUAGUUGCCGUUUCAUGCGCAUUUUAACGGAUCUUUUUCUUUCCUGGUUUACAAGAACCAGGACAAAAGUUUCUAACGGAACGUAUAACAACAUACAGCACAAAUCUAGACGGUUUACCGGAACUUUGAGCCUUUUUAGAAGAACUGCGUGGUGUUCUUCGCGUUGCAUAGCUUAGCUGGGCUUUUCUACCUCGCUGGACUGGUGAUUGGGGGUCCGCGGGGCGGUUUGUGGAUAUAUAUUUAAAUUUUUUCUCCCAUGGCUUCUGCCAGGAUGUACUUUAUAACGAGAUGCAUUUUAAUCUCCCUGAUUUGGAAGAGCAACCGGGCUCUUUUAUGUCUGCCGUGUGAUGAAUCUAAAUGCGAGGAGGCAAAGCAUUGCUCCGGCUCGGUGGUGCUCGGUAUCUGCGGCUGCUGCUCCGUCUGCGCCAAACAGAAAAACGAGAGCUGCGGUGGUGUCUACGGUCUGUACGGGACUUGCGACCGGGGGCUCCGGUGCGUGAUCAGACCGCCGCUGAACGGUGGAUCCAUCACGCAGUAUGAGGUCGGAGUCUGUGAAGACGAAAACUGGGACGACGACCAGUUGUUGGGAUUUGAGCCGUGUAACGAGAACCUGAUCACGGGCUGCAACAUCAUCGAUGGGAAGUGUGAGUGUGACGGCAUACGGACCUGCAACAACCCCUUUGAGUUCCCCAGCCAGGAGGCAUGCCAGACCGCUCUGAGGAAGAUUGAAGAGGAGCGGCCUGACUGUUCCAAGGCGCGGUGUGAGGUGCAGUUCUCACCCCGCUGCCCUGAGGACUCGGUGCUAAUCGAAGGCUACGCACCCCCUGGAGAGUGCUGUCCCCUGCCCAGCCGCUGUGUCUGUAGCCCUGCAGGUUGCCUGAGGAAGGUGUGCCAGCCUGGAUAUCUCAACAUCCUGGUGUCCAAGGGCACUGGGAAGCCUGGAGAAUGCUGUGAUCUAUAUGAGUGCAAGCCAGUGUUUAGUGUGGACUGCAGCACAGUGGAGUGUCCUCCUGUCCAGCAGGUUCAGUGUCCACCUGACAGCUAUGAGACCCAGGUUCGUCUCACCGCAGACGGCUGCUGUACCCUUCCCACCAGGUGUGAGUGUUUGCCUGGCCUGUGUAGUUUCCCACAAUGCACCGCCGGGAGCUCCCCCGAGGUGGUCUUCCACGGCGACGGUACCCCCGGGCGAUGCUGUGAUGUGUACGAAUGCAUCAACGAGACCAAACCGGCGUGCAGCUUCAACGGGUCGGAGUACCAUGACGGAGACAUGUUCCGAAUGGACGCCUGCCGCUUCUGUCGAUGUCAGGGAGGGGUGUCGGUGUGCUUCACCGCCCAGUGUGGCAUCUUGCACUGUGAACGCUACUACGUCCCUGAGGGGGAGUGCUGUCCUGUCUGUGAAGACCCUAUCUACCCAGUGCUGAACUUUGCUGGUUGCUACGUGAACGGGGAGAUCCUAGCACACGGAGACCACUGGCGUGAGGACGACUGUACGUUCUGCCAGUGUGUGAGCGGCGACGCCCGGUGUGUGGCCGCCGCCUGCGGGCACAGCUGCCUCAACCCUGUGACCGUACCAGGAGAGUGCUGCCCAGUGUGUGAGGAGCCCACCUACAUCACGAUGGCGCCCCCUACCUGUCAGUCAUUAGAGAACUGCUCCCUGUCAGAGAAGGACUGCUUAUACGGCUUCCGACUGAACCUGAAAAGCUGUCGCACCUGCCACUGCAAGACACGAGAAGAGCUGUGCAGUGCCCUGAUCUCUGACUGUACCCUGAAGUGUCCCUUCGGCCUGCAGACAGAUGCCCACGGCUGUGACGUAUGCCAGUGUCGCCCCAGGCCAAAGAAGUGCAAGGCUGUUGUUUGUGACAAGGCCUGCCCCUUCGGAUUCAUAAAGAACAAGCAUGGUUGUGAUAUCUGCCGCUGUAAGAAGUGUCCAGAGUUACCUUGUGACAAAGCCUGUCCAAUGGGCUUCCAGCAGGACGAGUUGGGCUGUCUGAAGUGCCAGUGCAGAGACCAGAGCUCCUCGUCAGUCGCCCCUUCAGUGAAAAUGGGUUCAUGUCUGUCCAUGGAUGGAAGACAGCACGAGAACGGGGAGAACUGGCACGAUGGCUGCCGGGACUGUUAUUGCCACAGUGGCAGGGAGAUGUGUACCCUCAUCUCGUGCCCCGUACCAGCCUGCGACAGCCCUGCCAUAUGGGAUGGACAGUGCUGCCCAUCCUGCCCAGAGGAGCCUAGCUCCCACAAGCCAGACCUGGGAGACUCGUCAGUGUGUCUGGCCCCGGGGGGAGAGUACUUUGUGGAGGGGGAAACGUGGAACAUCGACGCCUGCACCCAGUGCACCUGUCACAGUGGGCGUGUCCUGUGUGAGACAGAGGUGUGCCCGCCCCUGCUCUGCCAGAGCCCAAUCAGAACGCAAGACUCCUGCUGCCCCCACUGCCCAGACGAGCCCAUCACUCCCCAGUCUCCCAGUAAUGACAGCAUGCCCAGCUACUGCAGGAACGAGGAGGGGGACAUCUUCCUGGCAGCAGAGUCCUGGAAGCCCAACACCUGCUCCAGCUGUGUGUGUCUGGAUGGACAGAUCAGCUGCUUCUCAGAGUCCUGCCCACCCGUUGGCUGUGCCAGGCCCGUGCUGCGUAAAGGACAGUGCUGCCCCUAUUGCCUCGAUGCCACACCGCGAGCCGUGUGCCACUUCAAUGGGAAGACGUAUGCGGACGAGGAGCGCUGGGACAUAGACAGCUGUACACACUGCUACUGCCUUCAGGGACAGACCCUCUGCUCUACUGUCAGCUGCCCCGCCCUGCCAUGCCACCAACCCACCAUAGUGGAGGGCAGCUGCUGCCCCAUGUGUGCAGAGAUGUACGCACCAGCCCCCACCAACGUGCCAAUCGAGAAGACAGACCAGCACGGAGACAGGAAGCAGCACCAGCCUGUCUGGCCCACACGCAGUGAGAACGACAUCAUGCCCCAGUUCAGAGGGGACUUUGGUAGUCUCCAAAUGCCCUAUCUAGAUGGGAAGACCCCAGUUCCCAGUGAGGACACCACACUGCACUCUGUGGCAUGGGUGGCACUGCCCAUCGUCAUGAUGCUGUUCACCAUCACAGCUCUGCUCUACGUCAACCAGAAGAAGCAGUGGAUCCCUGUGCUCUGCUAUCGCACCCCCACUAAGCCCACCUGCCUCAACAACCAGCUGGUGUAUGUGGGCUGCCAGAAAGGUACCAAGGUGCAGGUGGACAGUUCUCAACGCAUGCUCCGGAUCGCCGACCCUGACUCUAGGUACAGCGGUUACUACAGUAUGCAGAAACAAAACAACUUCAACAACCUGCAGGCCGACAACUUCUACCAGACUCAGUAAGACAGAGAGACUGGCAUCGCCUCGCGUCCUGUACUCAGCAGUCAGCAAGCAGCCAAAACCAGAGAGAGAGAGAAUGAGAGAGCACCUUACCUACAGUACCGUCACAACAACUAUGACUUACCACAGACGGACAGACAAAUGUCACCAAACCUAUAAGAUGAGAAAAUAACUAGCAAACUAGCAAAGAUCACUCCAAACAAAAAAAGAACUGACAUAUCAAACUAGCAAAGAUCACUCCAAACAAAAAAAGAACAGACAGACAAUUGACAAUCUCCUGAAGAUGAAAAACAAACCAAACAAAAUAGAAUAGGAUUAUGAUGAUUUGAAACUAUAGCUAACACAAUGGGAGAACCAGAAUCUAGACUUUCCUUAGAUUAUUAUUAUACUGCGAGUGAGUGUUACAAGUGUGUUUGGUGUGUGUGGUGGAGGCAUGCGCAUGUGUGUGUGUGUUGGUGUGUGUGUGUGUAAAGUUAGAUAUACAUCUUUGGGAUUAGGACAAACUGGGUAUUUUUCAAGCUAUGGUAUUUUUCCUGCAUUCCUGCUUCCUUGAAAAAGGCCUUUGAAGAGAUAAACCGAAUAAUCCAAGCUAGUGUUUUCUGUUGAACACUGAACUUUUAGAACCAAAGCUCCUCUGACUGUCUGUAACAUAAAAAACACACCCUGUGAGAGAGAGACUAGAGGAACUUUAUGGCCUGUCUGAGCUGAGCUAAACCAUGGCAGGACGGACUGACGACUGCCGGACUUUAUGUGGCGCUCAGACGAAAGAGAGAGAACAAGAAAAAGAAAGAGAGGUCAGAUACUGUAGACCCCGUCACAGACAGAACUCAACUGAGCACCUCUCUCAGGUCUGUUCAAGCUGGACUAUUCCUCCUUUGAAAACAUCAAAAUUGCCUUGUUGUCUUUUCUUUUCCUGUGGAACGUCACCUGUUGGAAAGGAAGUGGAAAGAAAGAAGAAGAAGCGUCACUCACUCCAUCACCAGGCUGUUGUUCUCCCUGGUCUGUCGUUUGGAUUUGUAAUAUGUUUCUUUUUGUUAGAUUUUCUUAUUUUCCUUGUCACUUUCAAAUCUACAUCAUCUUUUGGCAAAAUGUAUUUAACAUCAAAGGGGAGGUUUACUCUCACUUUCACACACUCCAAACAAUGGUGUCUUUUAUUUGGAUAAAGAAUAAAGGGGUUCAGGUUGAUAAAGGCAGAAUUAAGCUAGUGUAUUUCUUGAGGACUUCAGCAUAUGCUUUACAAGUGCUACUUUGUUUCUGUAAGUCCCGUUUUCCACUGAGUCACACAUACAUAGAGAUACUCUUUAGCUCCUUUAGGAAACACUGAGAAUACAAGGAAAUGUAGUAUCAAAGAAUAUAUUCAAAUGUAUUUUCUCUUGGGGUCUCUGAUGACGAGCUACGGUAAAGUAGCUCUUUGAUAUUUUUCUCCUCCUUUUGUUUUGUUUUACUGGCUGUGAGACUAACAGUCUCCUCUUCUGGAGGCUGUUGCAUCACGGAAUAUUACCCAAGCACCUUUGUGUUCUUUUAUUCUUUGCAUAAAUUGGUUUAAAACAUUAUAGGAACACUUAUGUACAUAUUACUGAAAAA